UGAGCUAAGUAGGUUGAACAACCAAUGGGACAAUUUAGUUAAACCGUCAAUGGAGUACGAGUAUCCAUUGUGAUUGUAUGUGUUCUCCUGCGUUGCUCCCCUUAUCCUUUCCUAUAAUCACUGGAUUCAGUCGCGGUCAAUGGAUGGGCAUGCGGGAAUGACCUUUGUUUGACGUAUCCUUACGGCAGUGGUUACAUCACUGCAGGGAUAAGCAGUAUUAGUGAAGGAUUCGUCCCAUGUGCCAGGAGAUGGUGAACUCGAGGAAUAUUCGUUGACUUGUGUUUGUCGAUAUGAACACCAGAGGAUUUCUCCUCGUGUUUUGUGCUUCGCUUCUUGGGAUUCUAUCUGGGGCUUUGGCUGGAACGCAGCCGAGUGACGUCACAAAACCAUGUCCUCUUGAAAGUCUCGAUGCCGAAUUCUUCAUAACAUGGGGGGCCUGGUCCCCCUGCAACCGGAAAUGCAAGCAACAGCGCAGCCGGAAGUGCAAAGACUCUACAGUGUGUCAAAAUAUGAUACAGAGAGAACGUAGAAAAUGCUAUAAACCUAACUGUGAUGAUAUUGACAAACGAUCCAAAAAUAGACGUAAAAAAUCACAGACGCAAAGUCAAAAGCUUUAUGGUCAGUUUGUUUAUGACUUAAUGUAUUCAAAAUGGUCAGACUGGUCGCCAUGUUUACGAUCAUGUCAGAAGCGGAGGAUACGAGAAUGUGAUAUUCCCGCAUUGUGCAGGGACACGGUUUUGAUACAAGUUCGGCGGUGCUUCGCCGGAACAAAGUGCGCCAAGAGCAAUUACAAUGCGGAUGCGGAUACGGAUGUGGAUACAUCUGAUGGUGGGGAUGAGGUGACGCGAAAGCCGACGCCUCCUCCAGAUAGUCAGGAAAAAGACGAGGAUUACAAAACGGAUACUGACUACAACGAAGACUAUGAGGAAGAAGGGACAGCAACUACAGUUGACCAGUCAGGAGAAUCUCUCGACAAGCUGGAGGACCGCUGUGGUCUUAGACCGAGCCUUCCCACACUAAGAAUCGUGGGGGGCAGGGAUGCAAGGAAGGGCAGUUGGCCUUGGCAGGUUGCAAUCAUGACCCGUUGGAAGGAGCAGUACUGUGGCGGCACCCUGGUUGCCCCUCAGUGGGUCCUAACUGCUGCCCACUGCGUUAUUAGAAAGGGCAGAAAGAGACGGGUCAUUCUCAGGGUGGGCGAGCACGACUUUGGCGAAUACGAAGGAGUGGAGGAAGACUUUCGCCCGGGAAAAGAUUUUGUUCACCCGCACUACGACCUGGACACCAUCGAUAGUGAUAUAGCACUCGUUAAGUUAAAGAAACCGGUGAAGCUGGGCAAAAACAUCGACUUGGCCUGCGUCCCUCGUGAUGGCGAUAAUCUCAAAACCCACACGCUGUGCUACACGGUGGGAUGGGGUAAGAUGAAAAACACCCACAUCUACGGCACAGACGUCCUUCAAGAGGCAAAGGUGCCAUUGGUUGGCCGACGGGCGUGUCAGGAUGCAUUUGAGUUUAAAAUAACGGUGAAUCAAAUGUGUGCGGGAAAGAAAGAGGGCGGGAUAGACACAUGUUCCGGUGACAGCGGCGGCCCUCUACUGUGUAAAAUGAAAAGGAAUGGCCGUGAUCGCUGGUUUGUUUACGGUGUGACGAGUUUCGGGGAGGGAUGUGGUGAAAAGGGCAAAUAUGGCAUAUACGUCAGGGUGACAAACUUUGCCGAUUGGAUUAGGAAGACAAUUGCUGACAACAGUUAGAGAUGUGGCACCAUCUUUUGGACGCUGGAUCAAUUAGUGCGACCAGACGCUGUAUUAAUGAUUCAUUGCUGUUUAAAAUGAACGUGUACUUUGUACAUGUGCAUAUGCCAUUUAUAGGGUAUGUCCUUUCAAGCAGAUGCUUGUUUUGUUCUCAUUAUAUUUCAAUCAUGCGUCGAUAGUAGGGAAGGUUCGCAAAAUCUCAAGCAUUAGUCGACGGAUUACGAAUUAUGAACUUACCUUUUAGUUUCAAGACAACCCGCGUUCACCAUUGCUGGCAGCUAUUAAGCCGAUUUUCUAUAUUUCUUGAUUCAUGAGAUUCGCGGGGACCUCCUCAAUAAAUAUAUUUGCCUUUCUGACACUGCAUUGACUAACAUGGCCAUGAUUCAGAGCUACAUGUAUGCACGCAAAUGCACUUUAUCACUGACGAUGUAAUCAUGGUGUGGAUGCUGAUAAAAAUCGUAUUUCCAAUAUGUUUAAAAAAUGUGAUUGUACAUUCUACUGUGUUUUGAUAGGGUGUGGCCAGGAAUCGCUGCACAGUCAGAACGAGGAUUUUUCUGGGUUCGGGAAUUGGAUGAUUUAUUUCAAAGACUUUUGCAGAGAGUCCAUCGUAAUGUCUCUGCGACAAUAUGUUGCUAAUGGUGCAGCUGGAAAACCCUGGCCUGGCUCAGAAUACCACAUGUUCUGAGUAACACUCUUUCCGCCUGUUCUGGGAUUUGCCUUGCUUUGAUUACGACCACACCUCAACAGCUUGGUUUACUCUUUCCUCUGUAAGAUGUACAUUUUCUUGCUAUAUGUACUUUAACAGCAAAAUGAUCAUCGAAUGUUUCUAUGAAAACAGUUAACGAAUUGUUGUAAAUUCUGAAAAUGCAUGUAAUGAAAGAGAGUAAUAAAACUUGUAAAUAAA